UUUGCUAGCACCACACAUCUCUCUCUCUCUCUCUUUCUUCUUCUACAAAAGGCCAAGUUCUUCUACAAGCACCAUUGAUCUCUUUCACUCUCUCACUUACUCACUCACUCACUCUCAGGCCCACACAAAUAGACUAGCAAAUAAACCUUCAAUCUCUUCCAUGAAACCAGAACAUGUUUUCACAGUUGGCCUCCUCCUUCUACUAUCUUUUCUGAUCACCGGAGGAGUUUGGGCUGAUAAUAAUCAGAACCAGAAUAACAGUUUUGGGCCAAAAAGGAUAUUUGUGUUUGGAGAUUCUUAUGCCGAUACUGGCAAUCAAAGAAAGUCUUUGGCUUCUUCUUGGAAAACUCCAUAUGGGAUCACUUUUCCCGGCAAACCAGCCGGCCGUUUCUCCGACGGACGCGUGUUCACCGAUUAUAUUGCAAAAUUCUACGGGAUACGGUCUCCAAUACCGUAUAGAUGGAGGGGAUUCGCUGGGAAGAAAGUGGGAAAGGGUAUGAACAUGGCAUAUGGUGGUACAGGCGUAUUCAAUACCCAAUUCCCUGGACCAAAUAUGACGGUGCAGAUUGAUCUCUUCCAAUCCGUCAUACGACUACGAAAAUCAGUCUUCUCAAACAUCAACCUACAAUCUUCAAUGGCUCUUGUGACCCUCUCCGGCAACGACUACAGCGCAUAUCUUCUUAAAGGCGGCCUUUUCAAGGAUAUUCCUGCAUUUAUAACACAAGUUGUGAAACAACUAACUAUCAACCUAAAGCGCCUUCAUAGCAUGGGAUUGAAAAAGGUGGUUGUAACAUCUCUUCAGCCUUUGGGUUGUCUCCCAAGUGUUACGAUCCUCAACUCUUUUCAACAAUGUAACGACACACAAAACUCCGCUGUCAACUUCCACAACCUCUUGCUUCGACAAGCUAUUGAAGACCUAAAUAUUCUCAGUAACAACACCUCCGCCUUCUUCCUCAUUGAUCUAUACACCGCCUUCAACACUGUUCUUGAGAACAAAGGCGUUGAAGGAGAUGUUAGAUUUGAGAGUCCACUAAAGCCAUGUUGCAUGGGAGUUGACCAGACUCAUUAUUCGUGUGGCAGCCUCAACGAGAAGGGAGAAAAGAUGUACACGGUUUGUAACGAUCCCGAAUCUUCUUUCUUUUGGGACACGGUUCAUCCUACUGAAGCUGGAUGGCGCGCCGUUUACUUGACUCUCAAGUCUUCACUUCAACAAAUUUAUUAAUUUGUUCACAAUAAAUCAUCAAUCAUCUCAAUAAAUUUGUUGUUGCUCUUUUUCAAUCUUACUAGACACUAAAGACGAAUGUUUCUUUUCAUGUCAUGACCCAAAUUUUCAAAUGUUUCA